UAAGCAGGCGAAUUAGUUUCGGUUUCAUUUCUUUUAAAUAGGAAGCUGACUUUGCAGUGCGACUAACAGGAGUAAACAAAGUACCGGGGAUAGGCAGGUGGCUAGCGCGAGGAUUACAAGAUCAGAAAACGGGAGGCUGGAAGGGCCAAGAGGCUCAACCGCGUGGCUAUCAUGUUGGCUGCAGCUGUUACUAGACUACUGUGUGCAAAUAAUGGAGCGAUGGGAUACGACGAACUGCUGGCCAACAUCGGCGGUGAUGCGGAGCUCGAGAGGACUCUCACAGACCCCCAGAGGUUCGCCGUAGUGACAGUUGCCGACGGCACCAGAAGGAUCAUAGCGAAGACGUCGGUGAAAUUGUGCAAAGCCCAAGCCCAAGGCUGUCAGGGCUGCUCUGGCUUACACCUGUGUAAAUUCUACUUGUUCGGAGACUGCAGGUUCAGUCGGACCAGAAGAGGAUGUCGAUUUUGCCAUGAUCUUUCAUCAGAACAGAACUUCAAGGUUCUCAGAGACAAUAAUCUGCAGGAUUUGAAUCAGAAGGAACUCUGCCAGUUACUGCUCCAGAAUGAACAAACACUGCUCCCUCCGGUGUGUUUCUCCUAUAAUAGAGGAAGUGGGCAGUACGGUGCUUGCCCUGACAUGGCUAACUGCAGACGACUCCAUAUAUGUGAGAAGUUCCUUGAGGGGUCCUGCAAACGGGGCACCAGCUGUUGCAGGUCUCAUGACCUGCACUCUGGUGAAGCAUUGAAGAUGCUAGAAGACCGGGGACUGACUUCUGAGCUUAUUUCCAGUAUUCAGAAUGUUUACUUAAAUAAACUGAAUAUGAAAAAUGGCAACAUUGCAUCAACUGAUAAGGCAGGUAAAACUGAGAUCUGCUUAUUCUUUGUAAGAAAAGAUUGCAAACAUGGAAACAAAUGUUUUGAAGCACACUAUCGCAUGCCCUACCAGUGGCAGGUAUGGGAUGGCCUAUGCUGGUUAGACCUCACAGACAAUGAACAAAUUGAAAAGGAAUUUUGUAAUCCAGCUAGAACUUGCAGCAGUGGGAAUUUACCUAUAAAUUUCUCUACAAUGACUCGAGGAGCAGCUAAAGUCAGACGCAUGUCAACAGCUUCCUCUAUUACGAAACCCAGCUAUAUUCUGACAACCUGCUGGCUCUGGUAUUGGCAGGAUGAAUAUUUCCAGUGGUCUGAGUAUGGCACAUCAAAUGGGGCUCACAAUACAUCAUCUAUUUCAAGUGAAGAACUUGAAAAAAAAUACCUGGAAGACAACAAUGCAGUCGUCCAAUUUCAAGCAGGGGGCCAACAAUAUGAGCUUAAAUUCAAAGAUAUGAUUCAGAUAAAUUGUUACUAUCAAACUAAGAGAGCUGUGUUAAGACGGCCGAAGUUUGUCUCUAAACAGGAUGCAGAGAAAAUCAAACAAAGCAAAAAAGCACCUAAAAGUCAUUCUGCUGCAAGUUUUAAAGCUGUACCAUCUUACUGGGACAAAACACUUUUACCUGAGACUGGAUACAUGAAAAUCGCCUUGCUUCAGUCAAGUGAAGAGUACUGUAAGGUGAAGAAACAUUUUGAGAAGACCAUGUAUGGUUUUGAAAUUACAAAAAUUGAGCGGAUCCAGAACAAAGCUCUCUGGGAGGUCUUUCAAUGGCAAAAAGAACAAAUGAGAAAGACCAAUAAUGGCAAACCUGUCAAUGAGAAGAAUCUCUUUCAUGGAACUGAGUUAAAGAACAUUGAUGCCAUAUGUAAACAUAACUUUGACUGGCGAAUCUGUGGAACAAAUGGCACUGCUUAUGGAAAAGGCAGCUAUUUUGCAAGGGAUGCUAAGUAUUCAAAUGGUUUCACUGGUCUCUCAUCGCCGAAAACCAUGUUUGUUGUCCGAGUUUUGGUGGGUGACUCUGUUGAAGGAAAGUCCAGCUAUGUUCGGCCCCCGUCAAAAGAUGGUGGAGAUGCAUUCUUUUAUGACAGUUGUGUUGACAAUAUUUUGAAUCCAUCAAUUUAUGUGGUUUUUGAAAAACACCAAAUAUAUCCUGAGUAUGUAAUAGAAUACGAUGAAAAUGACUGGGAUAUAUAUGAAGUAGACUCCCUAUUAACAAGCCACACACCAAUCAAAAAUGUUAAUACUGUAAAAACACUAUACCCAAUGUACAAUGCAUUGGGACAAAAUACAUCCAGGGCAUCUAGUCCAGCAGUGUACAAACCACAAAUCAGCUCAGUUUCUGCUGCCAAGGUACCCGCCAUAUCCGCCUCUAUUAACAGUGCAGCAGCAAUCAAUUCUUCAAUAAAUUUGCCAGCCACAACUGUAAAUAAUAAUGCAAAACUGAACUCUUCGUCACUUAGAAGUGUGUAUUACAGCAAUGCGCAGCAGUCAUCAAGUCAAGCACAGCAUACUCUUGCAUCAGUUUCAAAAGCUCCAGCCACAUCCACAUCAGUAGCACAAGCCUUAAACUCCUCACCAAGCAGCACUGUGUACAGCCGAUCAAUUUAUUCACCACCAAGUCUAGUGCAAAAUAAACCAGCUUCUAAUCCAAAAGUGCCAACCACAACUUCUGCUACCAGUACAACAAAAAUUAACCCCUCAGCACCAGUCAGGAACCGUUAUGCUAGUGAUGUAACACUAAACACCUCAUCAGGAAGUAGUGUAUACAAUAAUUAUUCUUUUUCACAACCAAACCCAACACCAGUUCAGAGAGUAGCAGCCACACCCAGUUACACCAGAGCAAGAACAGACUACUCCUUUCAGUCAUCAUCAGAUUGGAGGACAGCCACCAUUCCACCCCCAAAACCAAAGGACAAAAAUCCUUGUGUGAUAUCUUAAUUGGCAUCUGUGCCUUUAAUGAGUGUAAAUAGCAAGUAAAAAAAUCUUGGCAUGACGUUUUUAACAAAUUAUAACAAUAUUUUGUUGUUAAUUACAAUAAUGAUUAGUUAAUUUUCAGGAUAUUUUAUCCAUUUACACGGUCACACUGGAAUUCUGCAAAUGUCAUUCACAGUGAAAUCAAAGGAAUUAUUUUAAAUAUCACUUGAUGUUUGUUUUAAUGUUACUCAAUGAAUUAGCAAUCGUGUAAAUUGUAUAUUCAUUUAUUAUCUGCAUUUUAAAAUGUUCAUAAACCAUAAAGCAUUACAGUGUCUUGCUGGUGGCGUGUCAUUCUGAUUAUGGUGUUAGAUUGUCUCACUGAGUGACCGUCAGCAAGUCACUUGACCUUUCAGUACACCAAUAGUAUUUAAUCCCUGAAGCAAUUCUCUAAGUUUCCUUAUUAUCAAGUUGAAUACUGAAAUUUACUUUCUGUGAUAUUUUUAAGGUAACGCUGGUUAUGCUGUAGUAAAAAAAAAAAAAAGGAAAAAAAAUAGCCAGUGUACUGUGUUUAUAAGUAUUCAGUCCCUCUGUUGUGGAAACUGCAAACUUAAACAGGUGACAAA